AUGACAGACAGUGUCAGAGCCUUUCUCCGCAAUGUUGCGACGGGGAUCAAGGACUCCAUAUUGGGGAUUGGAACCAUCUCCAAGCUGGAUGCCCGCAUCCAGCAGAAAAGGGAGGAGCAGCGCCGGAGAAGGGCCAGCGGGGCUUUGGCACUGAGACGGGCCCAAAGUGAGGAGCGGAAACCAGAUAAUGACCCCAAAGUAGCCAGCAGGAUUUUUCAAUGCUGUGCCUGGAAUGGAGGAGUCUUCUGGCUCAGUCUGUUUCUCUUCUACCGGGUAUUUAUUCCACUGCUCCAGACCCUCUCAGCAAAAAUUAUCGGUGACCCCUCCCUUCAUGGCAGUGUCUGGUCAUGGUUAGAGUUUAUUCUGACAUCUGUCUUCAGUGCUCUCUGGGUUCUCCCAUUGUUUGUCCUCAGCAAGAUUGUCAAUGCCAUCUGGUUUCAGGAUAUAGCAGACUUGGCAUUCGAAGUAUCUGGCUGUAAAGCGCAGCCAUUUCCUAGCGUGAGCAAGAUCAUUGCCGAUAUGCUCUUUAACCUGCUCCUCCAAGCGCUGUUCCUCAUCCAGGGUAUGAUUGUUAGCCUAUUUCCCAUCGAUGCCAUUGGACAGAUGGUCAGCCUUCUCCACAUGUCUCUUCUCUAUUCCCUGUAUUGUUUUGAGUACCGCUGGUUCAACCAUGGCAUCGAGAUGCACCAACGGCUGUCCAAUAUUGAGAGGAAUUGGCCCUAUUACUUUGGCUUUGGCUUGCCCAUGGCUCUGCUGACUGCCUUGCCUUCAUCGUACAUCAUCAGUGGCUGCUUGUUCUCUAUACUCUUCCCUCUAUUCAUCAUCAGCGCUAAUGAAGCCAAGACACCAACAAAGCUGUACCAUUUUCAGCUGCGUCUUUUCUCACUGGUGGUGUUGAUCAGCAACAAGCUUUUCCACAAGACGGUCCACUUGCAGUCUUCGUUGACGGCAUCGGCAUCCUCAGAGAAGCUCACACCCCCUCACAACUCCCCCGUCCGACUGAGACCUUUGCCCACCCAGUGA